AGCGAUUUACCUCCAGUUACCAGUAUAUUGAGUCACCCCUCGAUGCGCGCAACAAAAUAAUUUCUUCAGCAACACUUCUUUGUUUAGCUGAUUUUCGGUUGCUGUGUAGCAACCAUGUUUUGUUUGUUUCGGUUCAGCGAGUUUUGCUGGUAUUAAAUGAAAAAAAAAUUCCAACGGGGAGGAGGGUGUCGCCCUCGUAAUGAGUUUUUUCUUUGUGUUGAAUCAAAUAGAAGAUAGAUAAUAAUUAUUGUUGCAUCUUGAACAUCUCAUCAUGCCCAGUACCGUGCCUACCUGUUUAACCACGGAUGGAACGUUUAAGCUUUUUCCGCGGUACGACCUGCUUUUGGGACGGUGGCUCAAGGCAAUAUAGGUCGGCACUGGACUGCCGGUAGCAGUUUGUGAUAAACAGGAACUGUCUCAGUACGAGAUCUGCGAGCAGCAUUUUACGACCGUACAGGACACGCAACCGGAAGACUGUUGGUGCCAGGAACCGACUCUGUUCUAUCAUUGCAACGGUGAUUUACUGGAAGUUGGUAGCUGCCGGUUGUGCUUAAACUUUCAUCCCAGUACCAAUAUGAUUGCCAUAUGCAAUAUGCUGGAGGGAAAGAUUCUCCCUUCCAUUGUGUUUGAAAUAUUGAACAUUCACUUUAAGGACGAUGAUCUCCUGUUGAUGAUAUGCGGCGAAUGUAUCGCUCGUGCCGAAAUAUUACAUUCAAUCUGGGCGGCGUUUCUUGCAGCUGAGAAAGAUUUUACGAAGUUGUUAGCGACUGCACAAACCUCGGCACUGGAGAUUCACAGUAAAAUUGUUUUAGAACAUCCGUCCGUAGAUGCGUUCAUUGAGGAAACAGAACUAUGUAGUAUCGUAGAAACUGAGAAAGAACAGUCGUUACAAUUAACACUACCUCCAGAUGAACCAUUGCUUAGAUCAUCUUUCAAGGAUACAGCAGUAAUCGCACCUAAAACAAUAACCAGAUUUAGAAACUCGACGAAAUCGGUUGCAUUGAAAGCCGUCGUUGGUAGAAAGUGUUAUAUCUGCGUAACUGUUUUUGAAGACGCAAACGAGUUACUGCAACAUUUGUCGGAAGUACAUGCCACAAACGUGGGAUACCAUUGCAAAGAAUGUUUUUCCAAGUUCCGUCAGGUUAUCGCAUAUAACCGUCAUCUGGGCCGACAUGAAACAAAGGAACGACCGAACAAAUGACGAUAUUCAAAAGCUGUAAUAUUUGUGAUAAAACAUUCAGGUGUAACUCUAAACUGAACUUUCACAUACGAAGGGUACACAACAGCCAGGGGAUUCCUACCUGUAACAUAUGCGACAAGACCUUCACAGCUAAGGCAAGUUUGGAACGACACAUGCUUUUACACACGCAAGAAAAACCUUUCGUUUGCGACUUGUGUGACACCUACUUUAGUCGUUCGCUUGAUGUUAAGAAUCAUGUAAGAAUGGUGCACAAAAGUUUAAAUCCUCACGUUUGUGAGGAAUGUAGUGAACAAUUCAAAAACUAUCACGGUCUUUGCAAGCAUCGUCAGAUUGUUCAUUUAAACAAAUCUCUGCCAGCGGUACGGUUUAAGCCGUAUCACGUUAUCUGUAAGCUCUGUAAGCGACCUCACAGAAAAUCUAGUGAACUGAUUCAACAUAUUCGACAGGACCACUCUAAUGAAACGUAUCCAUACGUACAGUGUCCGGUUUGUCCAAAAACCUUUUUGUCUACGCAACAUCUGAGUUGCCAUAAAGAGAUUCAUACGGACAAGUACACCUGUAUGUACUGCGGCGCGAGCAAUGCGACAAUUCACCGGCUGCAAACCCACGUCGAAAAUCAUCACAAUGAAGAGCGUAGAUAUGACUGUCCCAUCUGCAACAGUAAAUUGUACAAAUCGGCAUCCGCCUUGCCAACGCACGUGCCCACCCAUAGCCGCGGGAAGCAAUACCGAUGCGAUAUAUGUCGGAAAGAUUUUAUGCGAAAGGAUCAGUUGAGCAUACAUCGCCGGACCCAUACAGGCGAGAAACCAUUUCAGUGUGAAAUCUGUCAGAAACGAUUCAGCGAUGGUGCAUCGUACUGCAAGCACAAGAAGCGCUGCAUGCGGUUGUCUUUGAACAGUGAUGUGUCUGUUUGAGGGGCGCUGAAGGCAGAUCCUGAUCAAGAAGGAUUCACAAAGGCUGUACUAUUGAUAUUGUUUAAAUUAUAUUGUCUAUAAGGGAUACCAAAUUGUAGUAUGUGUAGUCUUUAAGAAUUUACAUCACCACAGGAUUGAAAAUAUAUUCUUCUCACUUUUUAAUUCGGACACUUGUGAUAUUUCAUAAGUAUACCACAGGGGUAAGAGGGCGGACAACGGCGAUCGGGGAAAGUAGAAGAUAAAACUUGCAGC